AAAGGUACCGGGUACGACUUUGUCGAGGUCUUUUUUUUACAUCGUAAGGAAAGGGACAACAUCGCCGUAAAGUUCAUAACGCCCGCUCACACAUCGCCUAAAAGGGAACUAUUUACCGAAAAUGUCUGCGAAUAAAGAUGGUGGUGGUGGAUGGAAGACCUUUAUCUGGAAUUCGGAUAAGAAGGAAUUUUUAGGACGAACAGGCGGCAGUUGGUUCAAAAUCUUCAUCUUCUAUGUAAUCUUCUAUGGCUGCUUGGCUGGAAUUUUCAUUGGCACUAUUCAGGCCAUGCUCUUGACUCUCAGCAACUACAAACCCACAUACCAGGACAGGGUUGCGCCCCCAGGAUUAUCACACACCCCGCGCCCAGACAAAGCAGAGAUCACCUUCACCGCGGGGGAGUCGAAGAGUUAUGAGGCGUAUGUGGAAAAUAUGAAAAACUUUUUGGAGGCAUACAAUAUCUCAAAUCAGAUGGAUCAAAUGAAGUAUGAAGACUGUGGAGACAAACCCACAACCUACACAGACCGUGGAGAACUGGAGGGUGACUAUGGCAUGAGAAAGGCCUGCCGUUUCGAUAGAUCCUGGCUGAAGGAGUGCUCAGGCUUAACGGACCCAUCCUUUGGCUUCAAGGAUGGCAAACCCUGCAUCAUUGUUAAACUCAAUAGGAUAGUCAACUUCAGGCCCCGGCCUCCAGUUUCGAAUGACAGUCUCCCUGAGUCAAUCCACACCAGCUCUCAGAGCAAUCUCAUUCCAAUCCACUGCUCAAGCAAGAGAGCAGAAGAAGCAGACAAGCUUGGGCAUAUUGACUACUUCGGGGUGGGUGCUGGUUUCCCCCUCCAGUACUAUCCUUACUAUGGCAAGUUGCUACAGCCACAGUACCUCCAGCCUCUAUUGGCCAUCAAGUUUCAGAACAUCUCGAAGGAUUUCGACAUGCGCAUUGAGUGCAAAGUAUUCGGAGCGAACAUUGGUUACAGCGAGAAGGACCGUUCUCAGGGACGCUUUGACAUCAAAAUCCACAUCAAGUCAUGACCAUUGCUAUGAAAAUAGCAUUUUUACUCUGCCCCUUUCAAAACACAAUAAUUUAGACAAAUACAAAUUCAGUUGGAAAACAAAUAGUCUUGAACAAACUUUCAUAACAAACGGGACCUACACUUAAUCUGUAUGCUUUACACUAGCUUUCUCUGCAUGUCUAGGGUUAGAAUGUAAAUUACAGGAAGAGUAGCAAUAGCAAAGUAUUUAUUCUACUGUAAAUGAGAAUAUUCCGUGAGCCAUGGGACAUUCAUUUAUUACUGUAAAUUAUAAUUCCACUACUGAUGUAGCGAGCAGUGUUUCUGUCCCCUGAGUAUUUCUGCCUAGUGUGGUCUCUAUAUUUUAUGGAGUGUGCAGUGCAUUGUAGUCGCAUACAAUGGUCCUUUCCAAGCCAUGUUGUAAUUUCUGUUGUCUUAUGUGAGCGACUUGGUGGUCCAAGGUGUGUGUGUGUGUAUGUGUGUGUGUUUUAGUGAGCGUGAGGGUGUUUGAGUGGGAAUGUGUGUAUUUGUCUACUUCAAAACUGAAAAUACUGGCAUGGUACGCUCUGAACUCCCCAGGUGUGUGAGUAAGUGACUGCACUCCGUUCAAUUAUACUUUUUUCCUUUUCUUUCUUUCUUUCUGUCUUUUUUUUUUUUUUUCGUUGAUUUGUGGGGAAUGUUUUAACAUCACCUAUUGACUUUUUAUUUGAUUGUAUUUGGGAAAUUGGGGCAAAUGACAUUUCUGUGUAAGACUUGUAUUUCCUUUAUUAUUAAGUGUAGAACUGUGUCUAGUCUGGAGAACUGAUGUGUGCCCAGUGGUCACCAUGGCAACUCAGUGUUUUUAAUCAUUUUAUUUUUUUUGUUCUGGAGACAUCACGUUAUGUGGUGUUACUUUCUAAUGAAUGUUUUAGCCAUUUCAAUGGUGAAAGAAUUUUAUAUUUAUGCAGUUGUACAAUUUUUUUCAGUAGGAGAAUGUGUAAUGUAUGAAUCCAAAUACCAAAGUCUCUGGUCAGAGAUUAGAAACCGGUCAGAAGCAAUGCAGUACCACAUGUUCUAGAAUAUUUUGUGCUUAAAAGUCAAUGUUGAACAUCACAGCACUUGUCAAGAGUUUUGUGUGCUCUUGUAAUGUUAUUUAAAUCUGAGUAAUACCUGAAAAAAAAUAAAUGGACAGACAACUGA